AUGAAAUGGAUGCAAAAGUUGUGUAGGCCUACAGUGUCGGCGUUUGGAGAUGAAAGUAAAGUAGCGGACGUAAAAUUUGCAAAAUCAUCAGAUCUUAUAUUCAUAAUAACUGCUUUAAUUUGUGCAUUAUUGGGUGGUACCAUUCAACCGACUGUAUUAUUAAUCGGCGGAUGGAUUACUGAUUUAUAUUUAACUAAUGGAAAUACAAUAGGGGACGAAGAGUUCCUCAAGUCAGUUUUAACAUUAAUCUAUGCUGGACUUGGUUUUGGUGUCAUCACACUGGUUCUCGCUUUGAUUCAAGGAAUUUGUAUUCAAAGGGGAACUAGUAGAAUUCUGGAUAAUCUCCGGAAAGAAUUUCUCGGUGCUAUUUUGAGACAAGAUGCGAAUUGGUUGGAUAAAAAUCCAUCUGGAGGAAUCACUUGUCAGUUGAAUGAAAACAUUGAAAUAAUAUCUGAUGGUCUCGGCAAUAAAUGUUGCAUGCUUGUCCGUGGAUUCGCAAUGUUCACUUCUUCGAUUAUUGCAUGUGCUUUCAUCAACUGGCAGCUCACUUUCAUCACAUUCACAAUGGGUCCAGUUUCAGCUUUUGUUUUGCACCUGUUGACAAAGGUAAAUGAGUUGACAAAUAGUGAACUGAUGACCUUAUCCUCACAAUCUCAUGCAAUAAUUGAAGAAUCAAUUCUCAAUGUGAGAACAGUUCAAGCAUGCAAUGGGCAGAAUUUUAUGAUUUCGAAACUAAGAAAAGUGAAUGAACAAAUAAAAAAGUUCUACAACAAGAGCACUUUCUGGGCUGGAUUCUUUGAUGGUCUUGCACUAUUUGUUAUCUAUUUUAUAACUGGAAUUUCGCUUUUCUUCGGAUGCCGUUUAUACUUCGACGGACAAAUUUCAAAAGCUGGAGAUGUUAUUUUGAUCGUCAACACAAUUUGUGUGACCGGAUACUUUUUGGGUCUUCUUGGACCUCACAUGUCGUCUCUUCAAAGAGCUGCCACGUCAUUCCAAUUGCUAUACAAGACGAUUGCUUCAGCUCCAAAGACAGAAGGGAAGGAGGGAGAAUCGAAGGUUUUCUCGGCGAAAGGAAAUAUUGAGUUCAAAAAUGUCAGGUUCAAGUAUGCGACGAGAGAUAAGGAAGUUCUUCGAGGAUUAUCUCUUGAAGUUCUCCCUGGUCAAACUAUUGCUCUAGUAGGAACGAGUGGUUGUGGAAAGAGUACUUCUAUUGGUCUUCUCACCAAAUUAUAUAGAGCUAGUGAAGGAGAAAUUCUGAUUGAUGGACAGAAUAUUGAUAUGCUGGAUGCUAAAUGUUUGAGACAACAGAUCGGAGUGGUUCAACAAGAACCGAAACUAUUCGAUGGAACCAUUAUCGAAAACAUCAAAUUGGGAAGGAAUGUAGAUCAGAAAACAAUUCAGACAGCAGCUGAAAUUGCAAAUGCAUCUAGUUUCAUUGAGAAGUUAGAGAAUGGAUAUGAGACAAGAUUAGGUCCAGGAGGAGUACAAUUGUCUGGAGGCCAGAAACAAAGAAUUUGUAUCGCAAGGGCAUUGGUCACGUCUCCGUCGAUUCUUCUGCUGGAUGAAGCAACAAGUGCAUUGGAUUCUCAUAAUGAAGUCAUUGUCAAUAAAGCUCUCACAAAAGCAUCGGAAGGCAGAACCACAAUAAUUAUUGCUCAUCGUCUCAGCAGUCUUAAAAACGUGGAUCGCAUCUAUGUAUUGGAUCAAGGAAAGACUCAGGAAAUCGGAAAGCACGAUGAACUAAUUGCACUCGGUGGAAUCUAUGCAAAACUAGCAAGAAGUCAAGAGAUUGAACAGAGUUCGAAGAAAGAUUGGGAACGAGAAGAGUUGAGAAGAGCAGAGAAAAUGAAGAAAAAGAGUAGGAAUGUGGAGAUCAUUGAGCCGAAUUCAACGAUUCUUCAAGAACAUGAACAUAACUUUGUUGGGUCAAUUAUCACGGAAAACGAGCAAGAACAGAAGAUUUCAUUCAGUGGAAUCGCGAAAUUGAUGAAUUAUCUUCCGAAGCAUCCGAAGAUGUUGGCCCUGAUUAUUCUUCUUUCCAUUCCAAGAGCUAUCGAAUUGUGUUCUUAUGGAUUGGGAAUGUCAUUUGCAUUCAAUACACUUCAGAGAACCAAAGAGGACUACAUGACAUGGAAUUGGAUUACGUUGGGUGAGCAAACGCUGGCUGGUCUCACGUUUUGGACACUUCAAGCUACUUUGAUGUAUCUCUGCGGUUGGAUCGCUAACGAAGUGAUGAAUGAAGUGAAAGAAUCAAUCCUCAAUGAAGUUUUAAAUAAACCAAUCCCAUAUUUUGACAAUCCAGAAACCUCUCCAUCAGCUUGUGUCUCCAGAAUCAUCUCUCAUGCUCACAAUUGCUACGCGUGCCUCGACCACCGAGCCAGUCGAUUCAUUAUGUUCAUCGCUGGAACUGUGUUUUCCCUCCUUCUCGCAUUCCCAUUCGUUUGGGAACUCGGACUUCUCGGACUGGGAAUCACUAUUCUAUUGACCAUUUUCAGCCUUCAUUUUGUGAGUGUUGCUCACAAAGCACAUAGUGAGAAAUCGAAAAUGGACAAAAGUGGAGAGUUUGCUGUGGAGAUUGUGGAGCAUAUCAGAUCGAUCAAGUUGUUGGCUGUUGAAGGAUACUUUGAGGAUCGAUUUGCAGAUUAUUUGAAGAUCUCGGAACGUUAUGAGAAUAAGAUUGGAUUAAUCUCUUCCUUGAACUUUGCUGUCACUCAAUCUUAUGUAUUUGCCUGUGACAUGCUUCUCUUCUUCGUCGGAACUCUUUUGAUCUACCACGGACGUUACACUCCUGAUAAGAUCUUUUUGGCUUUCAACGGAGCUCAGAUGUCUGCUUGGGGAGUUAUGUACUUUUCUCCAUGGUUCCCAGAGAUUAUUCGUGGAUCUGCAUCUGCUAAUCAGAUAUUCUCAUUAUUCGAGAAAAACAAAAAUCCUGAAUUCAGUGGAAAAGAGAAACCAGAAAUAAAAGGAGGAGUUGUGGUGGAAGAUCUGACGUUUGCCUAUCCAGCAACACCACAUCGAAAUGUGUGUGAAGAACUCUCAUUGAACAUUCCGAAAGGACAUUCGAUUGCAUUGGUUGGAGCAUCUGGUUGUGGUAAGAGUACAAUCAUCUCUAUGUUGGAGAGGUUUUAUGCGCCGAAAGCUGGAAAAAUUGCGAUUGAUAAGAACGACAUUUCUGUGAUUGACGUGAAUUACCUCCGUCAAAAUAUUGCUGUCGUUGGACAAGAGCCAGUACUUUUCAAUGCAUCGAUUCGAGAGAAUAUCACAAUUGGACUAGAUGAUAUUCCACUGGAAGAAGUACAGAAUGCAUGUAAAGUGGCAAAUGCAGCAAACUUCAUUGAGAGCUUCCCAUUGGGUUACGACACACCUGUUGGCGAGGGAGGUGCCUCUCUAUCCGGAGGUCAAAAACAACGAAUCGCCAUUGCGAGAGCGAUAAUUCGAAAACCAAAUAUAUUACUAUUAGACGAAGCAACUAGUGCAUUAGACACUCAAUCCGAAGAAAUCGUACAAAAAGCGCUUCGAUCUGCAACAACUGGAAGAACUAGUAUUAUUGUUGCCCAUCGACUCAGCACUGUACAACAUUGUGAUACAAUCUACUACAUAUCUCGAGGAGCCGUUGCAGAGUAUGGAACACACGCCGAAUUAGUUGCAAUGAACAGUAAAUAUGCUAGAUUAGUGGCUGCUCAGAGUUUAACCUGA